AUGCGGACCACCAUCUGUCGCCAUGGCACCAUUCCGACUAGGCCUCUGCUCUUGAGUGCGUGCCCCGGACCCUCCAUUGCACCCCGGUCCGGCCAUCGGCCGAGCAGCUCCAGCGCCAACCGCGAACCGACCAUCUUCUCCGGCAUUCAACCCACGGGAGUGCCGCACUUGGGCAACUACCUGGGCGCCCUCCGGCAAUGGGUAAAGCUGCAGCAAGAUGCGGAUCCGCAGACCAAGCUGUUUUUCUCCAUUGUCGACCUCCAUGCCUUGACUGUCCCGCAAGACCCGGACCAGCUGCGGCGAUGGAGGACUGAGGCAUUUGCAACCCUGCUGGCCGUCGGCUUGGACCCCAAGCGCUCUACUAUCUUCUACCAAUCUGCGGUCCCUGCGCAUACCGAGUUGAUGUGGAUCCUAAGCACCGUCGCGUCGAUGGGCUACCUGUCGCGCAUGACCCAGUGGAAGAGCAAGCUCCAGCUGCCCGAAGAUACGACGCUCGACCAUUCUGCCGCACGGGCACAACUACGUCUCGGCCUCUUCUCCUACCCUGUCCUCCAAGCCGCCGACAUCCUCGUUCACAGGGCUACACAUGUUCCGGUUGGCGAGGACCAGAAGCAGCACCUGGAGUUCUCCCGAUACACGGCGAAUAGCUUCAAUCACAUAUACGGGCCGAUCUUCCCGAUCCCCGAGGCCGUCAUCUCCCCGGCAAAACGGGUCAUGUCCCUCAAGGAACCGACGGUUAAGAUGUCCAAGUCGCAUGCGGAUGAGCGAUCGCGCAUCCUUCUCACGGACGACCCGACCACAAUUCACAAAAAGGUCAAGGUGGCGCUCACGGAUUCGGAGACGACCAUCACGUACGACCCGGUGCGGCGCCCGGGGGUGUCCAACUUGAUUGAGAUCCUCAGCCACUUCGAGGAGCGGCCGUGCGAGACGAUUGUGCAGGAGUACGAAAGUGCAAGCCUGCGGGCGCUGAAGGAACGAGUGGCCGGGCAGAUUGCGCAUCACCUGCGGGAAAUCCGGGAAGGCUACGCGGCGCUCAUGGCAAACCCAGCGUCGUUGGACACGAUCGCCCAGAUGGGGGCGCAGGCGGCCCAGGGCCAGACGGGGGAGACGAUGCGCAGCGUACGGGCGGCGGUGGGACUGUAG